AAAACAUGCGGUAUAGGCAGUGUAUUAUCAGUGUGUCUGUGUCUUCUAUAUAGAAAUUAUUAAGUAGCUACCUAUUGGUAAUUAAAUACAAAAGUUCAUUGUAAAUUAUUACAGAAAUGUAGUCAUCCGUUGAAUAGUAUUUCCUGCAAAUGUCACAAUGUCUCAAUCCAACUUACAACAAACUAGGAUAGAUCAGUUCUACAAAGUAGUUUCCAACAAAAAUACUGGAUGCGGUGUUAAAUUAUCACCGGAAUUAUUGAAACAAAAAUACAAUUCAAGUAGAAAAUCUCUUUCAUUGUUGAGAAAAAAAAGAAACUCAACUAAAAUGUCCAACUUUGUAGAAAGUGAAAUACAAAUUCUUGAACAGAAAACUUCAAAAUGUUCGCAAAACCUGAAACGAACAUCUUCAUCAGAAUUGGAAAAUUCACCAAAAAAAGUUAAAUCGAGUGUGGCUGAUUCAAGUCCUCAAAAUACAAAUAAUCAAACACCGCUCAAGUUAAGAAGUCCAAAUCAGAUAACUUCUCCAGGAAAAGUAUCAAAUUUUACUCCUAAAAAAAGUCCACAAAAGAACAGAAAUUCAUCAUCUCCCAAUAAGUCUUCACCAAGAAAAUUAUUUUUUGCUGAUAGAAUAAAUGUUGAAAAUGUACAGCAAGCCAUUGAGAAUUUAAAUCUCUUGAGACAAGGCAGUAUUGUUCCUAAUGAAUUUGAUCUUAAUUCUGUAUAUCAAUGUGUUCAAUUUAGCAUUGUAUACAGUGAUGCUAUUAUUCCAAAUGCACAUAAAUUUGAAUUGAAAGACAUUAUAUUUCCUCAAGAAAAACAUGCUGAUCAUCUUUUGAUGGUUGUCAUGGAUGUCUUCUCCAAUCCAAUAAACUGUGGGUAUUUUACAAGAGAAGAGCUAGAUUUAAUAUUUUCACUUUUUACAUUGUCUCCAGAGUCACAAAUGUUAUUUGUAAGACUACUAAAGAGAAAACUAUCAUGGCAUAGAACGUCAAGUAUAAAAUACCCUGAAGUUUCAAGUGACCUUGAUCCUUUUUUUAAAGAGUUGGUGCAAAGUGGAUUUUGCACUUCAGACCUAGAGUCAACUGAUACACCAGUUUUGUUAAAUAUGCUACAAGUAGAUGAAGUUCGAAGCAUUUGCCAAAAACUAAAAAUUGAUCAUCGUGGAAAUAAACCUCUUUUAAUGGAAAGAUUGCUAAAAUAUGGCAAUUCAUCAAAAUCAUUUUUCAUAGGAGCAAAAAGUCCAAAAUCUGUACUACGAUCCAAAGCAUUAAUAAUACUUCAACCUUGUGUUUGUUUACCAGAAAAGAUUAUAAAUUUAUUUGAUAGAAUUUUCACUUUACUAUACCCAGUUCAGGAUCCGUCAGAGAGUAUUGCAGAUCUGUUCCUCACACUAACAAGUGUUCAUAAAGGCGAAAUUCUUUUUCCACCCAUUGAAAAGCAAGAAUCUUUUCCAAUUUUUCAAAAUAGGGCACAUUUAAUUAGCUUUGUUGAAAGCAAGAAUGCUUUGAAAGAAAUACUAGCUUUAAUCGAAAAAAAAGAUUGGGAGGCAGUAAGAGAUUUGGGCCAAUUUGCAUUAAGGCAGUUAUCAAAAGUAGACAAACGUGAUUGUGAAUCUUCACUUCCUCUGCACAUUAGAAAGUUUAUACCAGAAUAUACUUGGGUUAAAGUUUUAUCGAUAAGCGUAGAUGCAUUUAAAAAAACUCCAGAGACAAUUCAAGAAGCUGUAAAUAUAUUAGAAACUCUCAUAGCUGAAAAAAGUUUUACACAAAGUAGUCGGGGUCGUUGGUACAGUGAGCUUGCAUUGAUUGAAAUGCAUCAUAGAAAAGAUUUAGAACGCAGUGCUGAAUUAACCUUACAUGCUUUGCAACAAGUUACAUUAACAGAAGUUGAUGUAUCAGGUUUACUUGAAAGAUUAAGAAAACUAAUGAGAAGAAAAACUGGAAUAUCCAACGAGACUAAAAGCAAAAUUCAGAAAGUUCAAGAAGAACUAGAAAAUCAAGGCAUAGUUAUUCAAACUACUAGGUCUACAACAAUUUUUGCUACUAUGGCUAGCAGAGCUGAAGCUGGAGGUAAAAGUACUUGGUCAGUCACAAUUAAUGGUAAUGACAAAUAUUAUGGAAGUGUAGAAAUGUUAGCACUGCAACAUUACACGGCUGAAAAAAGCUAUCAUGUGGGUUUACAUUGUGAAGGUUCCCUGCCAGUAACACUGUUUGCUGUAUUUUUUUGGGAUGAACUAUACAAGACAUUUGUACCUGGAGCUUUUGUAUCAAAAUACCAAGAUGCACCUCUAGAUCUCUUUACUGCAGAAUUUUUUAAUAACAGAAAAAAGUUCAUAGAAGAAAAAAUAAAAUUCAUACGAGCUCUAGAUUUGGACACUUUUACUGACUGGAUGCAAGACAGGUUCCUUAAUUAUAACCAGUACAGAUCAGUGAUGUCAAAUACAUUAUUUAAAAAUGAUCAACACUUUAAGGAAAUUGUCACGUGCCUGGGCAUUGAUGGAGUCACGGGAAUAUGUGAAAGAUUAGUUUCAAACUUCAGGCUUUGGAGAUCUGGAUUUCCAGACCUUAUUUUGUGGAAUAGCUUGACUGCAAAGUGUAAAAUUGUUGAAGUUAAAGGGCCAGGUGAUACAUUAUCUGAAAAACAAAAGUUGUGGCUACAGUAUUUGGAGCGUCUAGGAAUUGACGUGGAAGUGUGCCAUGUUGAAGCUCUAGGUAGAGGCUCAAAGUAAUGCUAGUGUCUUAUAAGAUGACUUUUGACAGUCAAAAUAGGAAUAGAUAUUUAUGUUACGUUUUGUUAAAAAGAUUUGUCUACUUUGAUAAUAUUCAGUGUUUAAAUAUUUAUUAAAAUUGCACGUAAAAAUAAUUUUAAAAGCAUGUUCGAAAUUUAGUAUAAGUUAAUGUUGGAAGACUUACUGAAACUCCCUUGUGGCUGGAGUUGUUUCAAUAUUAAACUCUGCAACUGGAACGCCUCUCUGAGCAACUUGAGGUGCAAACAUUGCAGCAGGAUAUACAAUAGAUGAUGUUCCUAUGAUUAGGCAGGCGUCACAAGAUUGUACAGCUUCAUCUAUAUUGACAUACCAUGUUAUACUGUUACAAUGAUGACAAAUAAAUAUUUUUAUAUUUUUGAAA